UUCAUCCAUCUCUCAGUUUCCUCCACCAACAGAUCUAAUCCAAUUUGCGAAUUCAUCUAAAAAACCCUAAACCCUUUCCGGUUCCGGCGACGAAACAAUGACGAUUCACGCCGCAGUAAUCCAGAAGCUUUUGAACACAGGAUCACAUCUCGGCCGUCGAGCCGCCGAGCAUCAUUUCAAGCAAUACGCUUACGGGACGCGUAACGGGAUGACCAUUAUCGACUCAGACAAAACCCUCAUUUGCCUCCGUAGCGCCGCUCAUUUCGUAGCUAACCUCGCUCACAUGAGAGGUAACAUCUUCUUCGUCAACACGAACCCUCUUUUCGACGAGAUCAUCGAGCUCACUUCUCGCAAGAUCCAAGGCGAUUCGUAUAAUCACAACCGUGCGAUGAACCUGUGGAAGAUGGGUGGGUUCUUGACUAACAGUUACAGUCCUAAGAAGUUUCGAUCUAGGCAUAAAAAGCUUUGCUUUGGUCCUACUACUAUGCCUGAUUGUGUUGUUGUGUUUGAUACUGAGAGGAAGAGCUCGGUGAUACUUGAAGCGUCGAAGCUUCAGAUUCCUGUUGUUGCGAUUGUGGAUCCGAAUGUGCCGUUGGAGUUCUUUGAGAAGAUUACGUAUCCUGUGCCGGCUCGUGACUCUGUCAAGUUUGUGUAUUUGUUCUGUAAUGUGAUUACCAAGUGCUUUGUGGCUGAACAGAUGAAGUUGGGGAUUAAAGAUGGGAGCAAUGAAGAUUUGAUGAAGGAGUUAGCUGCUUGAUUUGGAUAUUUGCAACCAAAAAGUAUGAAACUUUGUAGUUGUUUUUCAGAGUCUGGAAUAAUUGUUCUUCAAAAUUGUGGUUUCUACACCUUUGAAACUCUGGGUGUUUUUACUCAUGGAUGAUAAUUCACCUGUCUUUUCCUUAUGCAACUCAUUGUUGGAAAUGCUUAGACAUUGUAAUCGUUCGCAAGGUUUUGGAAUGACCCAUUUACAUGUCAAGCUUUGAACAGUGUCUAGUAAAGUUUGAAUGUAUCUUCUGACAAUUCUCUGGUCUUUGCUGAAUUUUAAUUGAGUUUAUGUCAUGUUCUUGUUCUU